AUGCAACCGACGUUGUUUCGAGGUGGCAAGAGGUGGCGCCAACCACAGAUGAUGUUUCCUGAGUUAGGUUUGAAGAAAGAUGACUGUAAGGAGAUGAGCUGGAUUGAGUCUGUGCUUUGGUGGGCUAACUAUGAUAAUGGGACUUCCCCUGAUGUGUUGCUUGAUAGAAAUCCUGAUCAUGCAAAUUUUCUGAAAAGAAAGUCUGAUUAUGUUCAAACCCCAAUUUCCAAAAGUAGGUUGGAGUUAGUGUGGAAGAAGAUGAUUGAAAUAGGCAAAAUAGGUUUUGUUUUCAAUCCAUAUGGUGGGAUGAUGAGUCGGAUUCCGGCCUCUGCCACCCCUUUUCCACACCGUGCUGGGAACUUGUUCAAAGUUCAGUACUCAGUGAGCUGGGGGGAAGCAGGGGCUGAAGCAGAGAAGAAUUAUACCAGAGACACCAGGAGACUUUUCAGGUUCAUGACCCCAUUUGUGUCCAAGAACCCAAGGAGUGCUUUCUUGAAUUACAGGGACCUUGACAUCGGUGUCAAUAAAUUUGGUAAUAGAAGCUAUGAACAGGGGAAGGUGUAUGGCUUGAAGUACUUCAAUGACAAUUUUGAAAGGUUGGUAAAGGUGAAGACGGCUGUUGAUCCAGCAAAUUUCUUCAGGAACGAGCAGAGUAUCCCCCCUCUUCCAACUCUCAACUCAGACCCUCCUCAUCCGAUAUUGCACUUAGAUGCCAAAGAUGGCUCGAGCUCCAAGAUACAAAUCAAAAGAUACUUGAGAAACAAGAGAGUGAAUAUCUGUACCGGUCCCUUGGAGAAAAGACAAGAGAGUAUAAUUCACAGAGAAAGUUUCAACGUCUAA